AUGGUUUCGGAACCCGCCUUUAAAGAAGACUAUGCCCUUAUCCGCAAUGAUAUGAUAGGUUCUUCCAUCCUUUUGUUUAUAAUCCUCCUUGUCCUCCUUCACACUUGCUUCUACCUCCGCCAUUUUCGUCACCGCAGUCUACGUUCUACAAAUUCUCUUACGGCUCCCACGUUCAGAGAACAACGUCUUGACACUUCCGUUCUCAAAUCCCUUCCCAUCUUCACUUACUCUUCCUCUGCCACCCGCUUUACUCUUCACGACCGUGCUAUAUGUUUGUCGGAGUAUACCGACGGCGAUGAAUGUCGAACGCUCCCAAACUGUAACCAUGUUUUUCAUUCCUACUGUAUCGACGCGUGGUUUGCUUCUCACUCUAAUUGCCCUCUCUGCCGAGGUUUGGUCCAACCGGUAACGGUUGAGUCUAAAAUUGAAUUGGGUUCUGUUUCGGGUUCAGAAGAACCGGGUGAGGGUAGUUCGUAUUUACCUGAACCGAUUGGGUGUCCGAGAAGGCCGUUUAGAGUAAUUGUUGAGUUGUCACCCGAGGUUUAUACCCGAGGAUAAUGUGUUUAG